GAUAUGGUCAAGAAAGGUGUUCCUGUUGAUUCUUACACUUGCAACAUUUUGAUUAAAGGUUUUUGCGACAUCGGGCAGUUAGAAUAUGCCCACUUGUUUAUGAUUAGUAUUGUAGAUUUAGCAGAGCCUUAUCCUGAUACAGUGACAUUGAAUACAUUGAUUGAUGGGUACUGCAAAACUGGUGAGGUUAAUACUGCUGAAGACUUGAUAGAGAGUAUGCCAAAAGAGGGGCUGUUACCUGACAUUGUCACUUACAAUACUAUAAUCGAUAGGUUAUGCAAAACAGGAGAUUUUAACCGUGCCAGUUACUUCAUAAAUGAAUCAGUGGAUGUAAAAGGAUCAAAUUCAACCCAGAAUUUGUUCAUGUAUACAUCGCUUAUUAAUGGGUACUGCAAGUGGACGGGGCUUGAGCAAGCGCUGUCUAUCUAUGAGGAAAUAUUGGAGGGUGGUCUUGUACCUGAUGUUGUAACUUAUAGCUCAAUGAUAAAUGCUUUCUGCAAGAACAGGAGGUUAGAGGAAGCCAAACGGCUUUUAGAUGAGAUGAGGAAAAUGGGCGUGGAUCCUAAUCAUGUUUCCUUCUCUACACUCAUUGAUUCCUCCUUCAAAAAAAGGGAUCUAAUGAGUGCUUUUUCACUUCAAGCACAAAUGGUAGUUCGAGGAUAUGCAUUUGAUGCUGUCAUUUGCACCAUUUUGAUGGAUGGGUUGUUUAAGGCAGGAAAACCUGCAGAAGCUGAGGAAAUGUACAAGACUCUUUGGAAAUUCAGUUUGAUUCCAGAUUGUAUUACUUAUUCUGUUAUGAUUGAUGGUUUCAGUAAAUUAGGAGAAAUGAAACGUGUAGACAGCUUACUGAACGAAAUGGAGGCAAAUAAUGUUUAUCCAGAUGUUAUUACAUAUUCCUCUGUGAUAAAUGGUCAUAUCAAGAAAGGAAUGCUCGAUUCUGCAGUUAAUAUCCUUACGAAGAUGACAUCAUCCCUAAAUAUCCUCCCAAAUACUUACACUUAUGCUUCGUUGAUUGACGGCUGUUUCAAGUUGGGAAAACGUGAUGUUGCCUUUAGCUUAUACGAAGAGAUGAAGUCAAAAGGGGUAGAUGAGAAUCAUUUUGUUCUCGAUUCUUUUAUCAAUUGUUUAAAACGAGAAGGGAAGUUUGAACAGGCUGAGGAAUUGUUCAGGGAUUUAGUAUCAAAAGGAUUAACACCCGAUUGUGCUAACUACACUUCGAUGAUGGAUGUAUUCUUCAAAGCAGGAAAUGAGUCAGCUGCACUUAGUAUGGCUCAAGAAAUGUCUACGAGAAAUAUAGGACUCGACACUAUUGCAUACAAUGUCCUUAUAAACGGUUUAUCAAAGCUGGGAAACUAUAGAACCGAGACUCUUUACGAUGGAAUUAAACAGUCUGGUUUGGUUCCUGAUUUGGCUACUUACAACACUUUGAUCGGGGCUUAUUGUAGAGAAGGGAAUCUGCAAGAUGCUAUCAAUCUUUGGGAUGGAAUGAAGAAUGACGGGCUAAUUCCUAAUUCGAUUACUUGUAACUCUAUGAUCGGCGGGCUCUGUGUAGGAGGUAAUGUCAAAAAAGCAAUGGAUUUGUUGAGUGAAAUGUCAAAAAUGGGCUUUCAACCAACUCCAACCACUCAUAGGCUUGUCCUUAAUGCAGUCUCUGUAGAACAGAGGGUAAGGGCGGACACAAUUGUGUCGAUUCACGAGCAGCUUGUGGGUAUGGGACUUAAACAGAGUCAGAUGACUUACAAUAAUCUAAUGUCAAUCUUAUGUAAACUAGGAAUGACAAGAAAGGCCACUUUAAUGUUAGAUAAGAUGAUAAGAGAAGGUAUGGAGGUUGAUACCAAUACCUACAAUGCCCUUAUACGUGGAUAUUGUAAAAGCGCUCAUAUAAAGAGGGCUUUCGCAACUUAUUCUCAUAUGUUAGUUAAAGGAAUUUCUCCUAAUAUUACUACCUAUAACUCUCUUCUUGGUGCCCUACUGAAUUCUGGUAUGGAGGAUGAGGUUUUGAAACUGAUUGAUGAAAUGAAAGGAAAAGGGUUUCUGCCUACUGCUAACACGUAUGAUAUUUUGAUUUCUGGACAUGCAAAACUAGGAAACAAGAAGGAAUCUAUUAAGUACUACUGUGAAAUGAUAAGCAAUGGCUUUCUUCCCAGGACUAGCACUUAUAAUGCUUUAAUCAAUGAUUUUGCUUCGGAUGGAAAAAUGAAACAAGCUAGAGAGCUUAUGAAUGAGAUGAAAUCUAGAGGAGUGUUGAUUAGUUCUUCGACUUAUGACAUAUUGAUUAGCGGUUGGUGCAGGCUAUCGAAACACGUGGAGCUAGAGAAGAAAUUGAGAAAAAUGUAUAGAGUUGAGGCAAAAAACUUAAUCAAGGAGAUGCAUGAGAAAGGCUUUGUCCCUUGUGAAACUACACUUGAUUGUAUUAGUUCUGCACUUGCUAAACCUGGAAAAAAAGUUGAUGUUAGGAGGUUAUUGGAUAAGCUAUACAAAGGGAAAGAAUAGUUAAAGGAAUUUUUCUACUGUUUAGGGAAACAAUCUCGGUUAUUGGGUGUUCAAUUAUAUUACCACCCUUCUUUACCUUUGGGUAUUGGAUGAGAUUAGAGCUAAAGAUCAUCCACCUUUGUCGGUUUUAUAUGGUAGUAGGCAAUCUUCUAGAUUUGUAAUUUCCAUACACAAAGG